AUGAGAUCCCUGAGAGUACUCUCUUUAGCCUAUAACAGUUUAAAAGGUUCUAUCCCAUCAUGUUUGUGCACAUUGAGAUCCUUGAGAAUCCUCUAUUUGGAGGGUAACAGUUUGGAGGGUUCCAUCCCAUCAUGUAUGUGCGCCUUGAGAUCCUUGAGAAAACUAUAUCUAUCGAAUAACAGAUUAUCAGGUGAUAUACCUUCUUGUUUCAGCAAUUUCAGGUCGGGCUUCACACGCCAACCGUCGUGUAACGCUCGACGUAAAUAA